AGAGUGGUUUCUUUCUCCUGAGUUGUGCUGGCUGCCGUGGGCCCAUUGCAGGCCCAGGCUGCCCCCUGGUGUCCAAACUCUGCCACUGCAUGGCCUUGCUGCCUGGUAAGGCGGGCCAGGGGCCUUUUCUACUGUGGGAUGAAUGAAGUUUGGGUCUUAUUCCUUACCCACUGAGUCAGCCCUGAAGGGGCCCACCAGUCUGGGGCCCAAUUGUCAUCCCCAGCUUUGAGGCAACACUAACACUGCCUAGGCAGGGAGCUCAGGCACCAGCGAUGGCUGUCGCCCUGUCCUGUGAGAUCCUCCACGGUACAGACGGCCUCCAGGCUCAGGGCCACUAAGCCAAAGUCGGCUCAGCCUCACUCCUGGUUACCUGAAGUCUGGGCAGUCAGCCACUUCUCACCUUACAGUCGUGGUUAAACAUUAGUGGGAAGUGAUCGGGUCUGUGGAGGGGGCGGAUUACGCUUUCAAACAGUCUCUUGUUACGGAGUCCAAGCUGCUAGUUCCUGCAGGAGCCCAGACAAUGCCUGUGGAGGAGUUUGCAGCUGGUUGGAUCUCUGGAGCUCUGGGCCUGGUCCUGGGACACCCCUUUGACACAGUGAAGGUGCGGCUGCAGACCCAGAGCACGUACCAGGGCAUCGUGGACUGCAUGGUCAAGACUUACCGCCAUGAGUCGGUCCUGGGCUUCUUCAAAGGAAUGAGUUUCCCCAUGUUCAGCAUAGCUGUGGUCAACUCUGUCCUGUUCGGGGUGUACAGCAAUGUCCUCGUGGCCCUCACAGCAACCUCCCAUCAGGAGCGGCGGGGCCAGCCACUCAAUUACACCCACGUCUUCAUCGCCGGCUGCACGGCAGGCGUCCUGCAGUCCUACUGCCUGGCUCCUUUUGAUCUCAUCAAAGUCCGUCUACAAAACCAGACAGAGCCCAGGACGCAGCCAGGCGGCCCCCAGCCACGGUACCGGGGGCCUGUGCACUGUGCAGCCACCAUCUUCCGGGAGGAUGGGCCCCGCGGGCUGUUCCGAGGAUCCUUGGCCCUAGUGCUAAGGGACACCCCCACCCUGGGCCUCUACUUCCUCACCUACGAGGGGCUGUGUCGCCAGUACACACCAGAUGGCCAGAACCCCAGCUCAGCCACAGUGCUGGUGGCUGGGGGCUUCGCCGGCAUCGCCUCUUGGAUUGCAGCCACGCCCUUUGACGUGAUCAAGUCCCGGAUGCAGAUGGAUGGGCUGAGGCAGCGAAAGUACAAAGGAAUCCUGGACUGCGUGAGCAGCAGCUUCCGGCAGGAGGGGAUAGGAGUCUUCUUCCGGGGCCUGACCAUCAACAGUGCCCGGGCCUUUCCGGUCAACGCCGUCACCUUCCUCAGCUAUGAGUAUCUGCUGCAUGCAUGGGAGUGAGCCCGGCGGGGACCCCGCAGCUGGACCCCUGCUGACUAAGUAACUGGAGGCCGAGCUCCAUCAACCUGUUUGCAGGUCAAAGACGUGGCUCGGCCCUUCCUAGGCCAGGCACCUCCCAAGGUCAGGCCAGGCGCCUCCCAAGGUCCAGCCAGGCAGGGAGUCAUCUGCAGAAGAGCCAGCGCUCCAGGCCCAGCCCACACUCCAAGGUAGCACUGAGCCUCCAGCGAGACUCCCACCUCAAGCACUUCGGCUUCCCAGAAGCAAGAGCCCAAGCACCGCCCCUCUGAUGGAGCUGCUGGACUCCACUGGCCACAGCCUCUGCGCCCUUCCCACUUCCGGUGACUGCAUUUGGAUCAUCGCACCUGGCCUUUCAAACCUCUCCAGGGGAGUCCCCUUGUCUUCCUCCUGUCCAGAAUCCAGAGUCUUCCAGGCUCUUCCAUUACCUUCAGGAGCCUCCCCUACCCCCAAGGUCUUUCCCCGUAGGUUUUUUUUUUCCUCCCCUUCGUGGCUUUGUGACCCUGAAACGAACAAGCUGUACCACAAGGCCCAGGCCGGGUGUCCUUGGCCCCUGGUUAAUCAAAGC